AGCCACACAAGUCCUUCACAGCCACACAAGGCCUCAGCUCAGAGUCCCGCUCCCCUACGACGUGCUGAGGGAACUUCAGGGAACCACAGAACACAGAGAAAACGAGAAUACAAGAAAAAAAAGACUCAACAUCUCUUCUCAUUAGAGAAAAGGAGGGUGAGGAGGAAGCCGGUGCCUUUGAGUUAUGCAGAGAUUAAGAUCCUUCACGGCCUCAGAGACAAACGGCUCCAGCAGAUUCCUGUGGUGAAACUGGAGAGGAGAGGACCGAUACCAGUCAGAGUAACGCUGCAGGCAUACAGCUGUCAACGUCUGGAAGUCAAGGAUAGUGGGCCCUUGCUUUACCAGCCACUGGUAGACAAAUCAACCUCAGCAGGUUCCAGUCGAGGCAGGUCCAAGGAAAACGGACACCAUGUCAGUUUACCUCAUGAUGGGAGUUCAACACCUGUGGACCGCUUUGCCACGAGUGAACAACUGGAGGAAAACCAAGAGAGACAUGAGGUAGAGUUGACUGUCGAGCCACAGGAAGAGGAAGAGGAACCUACGAGGAGGGGGGUGAAGAGGAGAGCUGAGUCAUGGGGGGAAACCCACGAUGUUGCCAAAAGGAUUUGCUUUAAGCCAGUGACCGAUCCGACCUCUGAAACAUGCAUACACAGCUCUGGAUCUGCCGAGCUACACUCUGAACAAGCAGACACAGAGGCAGAGGAAGUGAUUGAUGUGGAGAGUGUUUCGCUGACCAGUGUCGGAGGCUGUUUGGAAGGAGGAAAAAAAAUAGAAAUCGAAGAAGUAGAAGAAACGGAGGAAGGUUCGAUGUACGAGGAGGCAGAGAGCAGCGCGGAUGAGAUCAUCGAUGUGGAUGGAGACACUGACGGUGGAACCAACAUGGAGAACGAUACCGGUGGCUGCAGAGGAGAGGCAGGAAUAGGCCGAACGUUACCAUCUCUGUCGCACUGUGUUUCAACUCCUUCGGCACAGGAGGGCAGCACGGGGUUAACAGGAAGCAGGGAGGAGGAGGUCAUCAACGUGAUUGGGGAUUCCAGCCCCUCACUGAGCCGGUGAUCAUCAGCUGGACGGAGUCUUCAGGCAAGGAGGAUGGAGACAUUGACGUCGUUGGAGAAAAGACGUAUGACUCCUCAUCCGAUGUCUUUGCUAUUGUGAAUAAAGGUUUGUUUCUCUUCCUAUAAUCCCUCUCCUGUGGGCGCCAGCGUAUAAAAGGGACGGGCGCCCUCUGAACCGCACACACUCUGAGUGAGUCUCGUCGCAGGCAUCGAACAAACAGACCGUAAACAUGUCCAGUGGAGAUAAAUCCAAGACUUCUUCCCAGACUGAUGGGAAGGCUGCUCAGAGCAAGAAGUCUGAGAUGGGAAUGAUGUCCUACAAGAUGUACGUGUUCGACCAGGAGAACUUCCAGGGUCGCAUGAUCGAGAUCAGCAACGAGUGCAUGAAUGUGUGUGAGCUGGGCAUGGACCGCGUGCGCUCCCUGCGCGUUGAGUGUGGACCCUUCGUGGGCUUUGAGCAGAUGAACUUCUGUGGUGAGAUGUACAUCCUGGAGAAGGGAGAGUAUCCCCGCUGGGACUCCUGGAGCAACAGCCAGAAGAACGACUACCUGCUGUCCUUCAGGCCCGUCAGAAUGGACCCCGAGAAGCACAAGAUCUGCCUGCACGAGGUUGGAGAGUUCAAGGGCCGCAAGAUGGAGAUCAUGGACGAUGACGUUCCCAGCCUGUUCUCCUAUGGCUUCACCGACAGAGUUGGCAGCAUCAUUGUCAGCUGUGGAACCUGGGUGGGAUACCAGUUCCCUGGAUACCGUGGCAGCCAGUACCUGCUGGAGAAGGGCGACUUCAGGCACUUCAACGAGUACGGUGCCCGCCAUCCUCAGUUCCAGUCCGUGAGGCGUAUCCGCGACAUGCAGUGGCACCAACAGGGCUGCUACACCAUGGCCAGCAAGUGAGGCUCAGGGAAGGAGAGAAAGAGAAAGAGCGGAGGUGAGGGAGAGGGGCGGAGGAAGAGGGAAAGGGGGAGAGAUGUCUGAGGCCUUCACCUCGGUACGAUCUGACACAGUGAGGGGAAGGGUGAGGAUCUAGAUCGGCCCCAUAUCAGAGACAACACCUCAGUGGAAGGACCAGCUGGAGCAUGUAACCAUCCUCCUUUCCUCUCUGUCUCUACUUUUCUCUUUCUCCCCUAUGGGCUGAGCUCUACUUUCCCCCCUUUUCCCCCUUUUUUUAGUCCCUCACCCCAUUCCCCUCCACUGUCCUCUGAGACACCAACGAGGGAAACCCAACGCCUCUUGCUGUUUUACUCACACACGAUUCUCAGCUCAGGGUAC